CCAAAAAAAUCCCCAACGUUCCAUUUUUAGAGCUAACAAUGGCAACAUUCCAUCCUCUCAUUUUCUUGAUUAUUCACAUUUCUUUCCUAUUUUCGGCAGUUUCCGCAGCCACGUUCACCGUGACGAACAACUGUCACUACACAGUCUGGCCGGGAGUUCUCUCCGGCGCCGGCCACCGGCCCCACUCUUCCACCACCGGCUUCGCCCUCCAAACCGGCGAAUCCCAGUCAAUACCGGUGCCCACCGGCUGGUCCGGUCGCUUCUGGGGCCGCACGCUCUGCUCCACCGACGCAACCGGCAAAUUCACCUGUGCGACCGGCGAUUGCGGGUCGUCCACCGUCCAAUGCUCCGGCAGCGGCGCUGCCCCUCCGGCCACCCUCGCGGAGUUCACCCUCAACGGCAGCGACGGCAAAGACUUCUAUGACGUCAGCCUCGUUGACGGGUAUAAUCUACCAAUGCUCGUGGUUCCUCAAAGCGGGUCGGGUAAUUGUAGCUCUACCGGUUGCUUAGUGGAUCUUAACGGGUUGUGCCCGUCGGAUCUUAAAGUGACGGAGUCGGAUGGGGACGGGGUCGCUUGCAGAAGCGCUUGUGAGGCGUUCGGGUCGCCCGAGUAUUGUUGUAGCGGAGCGUAUGGGAACCCGAAUACGUGUAAGCCUACGCAGUAUUCGCAGUUCUUUAAGAAUGCUUGCCCGAGAGCGUAUAGCUACGCGUACGAUGAUGCUACGUCUACGUUUACGUGUACUAAUGCUAAUUACUUGAUCACUUUCUGUCCCGGUACAACGAGUCAGAAAUCAGGAGAAAAUAGCAACAGCAACAGCGGAAACAAUAAUAACGGCGGCAACCCCCAGGCAGCACUGCCGUUGAUAAACAGCACGAUGGUAUUUCUCGGCGGAGAUGACGUUCCCGCCCCCCCCCUUAUAGGCGGGUCGAGCCCAAGAGCACAGGUGGCAAGCCCAUUUGUGCUAUGGCCUGUUGCCAUUGGGCUCACGUGGUUUCUGAUCCGUGGGGCCCACUAG